AUGGCUAAAUAUUUUAUUUUCUUUUUAUGUUUUUCUCUUGUGAUUGUGUUUAUUCAUGCAUCCCAAGAAUCCCUUUCUAUCAAUCCUUCAACUGAAAAUAUUGGUUCCUAUAAAAUUGAAGGUAAAAUAAUCGUUCCACCAGGUGACAAUGCACUUGAAAAUACAAGAAUCUUAAUCGACGAAGGUCUUUAUAUUGGUAUUCCACAAGUUGAUGGAACAUUUGUCAUAAGUGGUGUUCCAAGUGGUUCAUAUAUAGUUUCUGUUGCGUCACCUCUUCAUGUAUUCGAACCCGUUCGUGUUGAUAUAAAUGCUAAAGGUAAAACUCGUGCACGUAAAGUAAAUUUUAUUCAACCAGGAGAAGUUGUUACAAUGAAAUAUCCAUUAAAUUUCGAAACACAUGGUAUACCAAAUUACUUUCAAAAACGUGAAGUAUAUCGUUUAACUGAUGUUAUUAUGAAUCCAAUGUUUUUAACAUUACUCGUACCAUUAGCAUUAUUAUUAAUCUUACCUAAACUAGCUUCACAAGAUCCUGAAAUGCAACGUGACUUACAACAAGCUAGUAAUUUUCUUCAACCAAAUAUGAAUACACCCGAUAUAGGUGAUAUGUUUGCAAAUAUGUUUGGUGGACCAAAAAAACAAAAGCCAACACAAAGUCAAAAUAAUGGUGCUAGCGGUGGAAUAUCAACAGCACAGCAAAAACGAAAAAUUGAAGCAGCUAAACGAAGAAAUUAA